CACCGCAAAGGAAAUGUGGGACAAACUAGAAAUCACCUACGAAGGUACGGAUCAAGUCCGAGAAGCUAAAAUUGAUUUUCUAACCCAUGAAUAUGAAUUGUUUCGUAUGAAGGAAAACGAGAAAAUCGAUGAGAUGUUUGAACGAUUCUCCAAAAUCGUCAAUGAUCUUCAUGCUCUCAAGAAGACGUACACGGACAAGGAGCUUGUGAGAAAAAUCCUGCGAAGUCUCACACCGGAGUGGCGCUCCAAAGCCGAUGCCAUUCAAGAGUCCAUCGGCAUCACCAACGUCACCAUUGACGGACUUAGAGGUAACCUCAAAACCUAUGAGUCCACCAUUCGAUUCCCCUCUUUAGGUGAACAAAAGAAGAAGGGGAUUGCACUCAAGGCUACCUCAAUCCAAGAACCCGCCAUGGGAGAAUCAAGCGAUGAGGACAACGAGUUCGGGCUCGUCAUCAAAAAAUUCCACAAGUUCAUGCGAAAAGAGUAUGAACGAAAGGGCAAAAAGCAUGGAGGACCACCCAAGUGCUAUGGGUGUGGAGAAGUUGGGCACAUCAAGCCAAAAUGCCCAAACGCCAAAAACGAGAAGGAGAAGAAACUGUUCAAGAAGCACCGAGCUUACAUUUCAUAGGGAG